AUGGUCCGCCUUCUGCCUGCGUGGCCGCACUGGUAUCAGAAGCCUUCUUAUCGCGAUCCCAAGACCUUUACGCAGACGACCAACGCGGCGAUCGAGGAUGGCCAUGGAUCCAGAGCGCCUUCGAUCUCGUCGCAAUCCGACGCGGCCAUUCCCCAAGACUUGUCCCUGGAUCGUGUCCUGAGCAACAAAACUUGCAGCCCUUUGUCCUUGUAUGACUUCUACAUGUAUCUCAAGCAUAUCGAGUUGUCGCCUGAGAAUUUGGAAUUCUACAUGUGGUAUCGCGAUUAUGAAGCCCGCUAUCAACAGAAGAGAGAAGGUAGCCGACCAGAGGCAGACACGCCGCUGCUGAAGCAGCCUUCGAACGAAAAGGACAAUGUCUACGCGACAUGGACUGGUAUCUCGUCCGGGAAGGAUUCCGACCUCGAACGUAAUAGUCAAGAAAACGAAUUCCUGCGCUACAUUGAAGGACUGAUGCCAUCGGCCGAACUCAGCAUGUGGAAACGUUGCCGUCCGUUCUGGUCGCGGCCAUCGGAAUCGUCCGAAACGACGUUGGGCAACUACUCGAACAGCGAAGAGCUGCAACAAGUGGCCGAACUGUUUCUUGUCCCCGGGUCACCCAAGGAACUCAAUCUCCCAUCGAGCAUGCGGGCACGCGCCCUUGCCGGGCUGCAGCAAUCCGACUCGCCGCAGACGCUUGCCCCGAUCGCAGACCACGUGUACUACCUGCUCAAGAACUGCUCGCAUCGCAACUUUAUCCGCCUGGGUGUCAAAAACGGCACCUUCGAAACGCUCUGUAUGGUUACGGUCGCCGGCGUCCUCUUGGUCAGUGUGGGAUUGUUGACAAUGCUCUUGUUGGCCUUUGCAUCGCCUUCCAUCCACCACUCGAACCGAUGGCGCGGGUUGGCCGCGGCGCCCUUUUGGUGGCUUGGGUUUUCCUUCCUGCUCGCUGGAUGGCGCGGCUCGUGUUUUCUUUUGCUGUUGUUUUCCCGUCGCCAGGAACUGCCCUGGGAGCGCGUCGACAGCAUGGAAAAAGGCGGCACUCCGAAACGUCCGAAUGCUCUGAUGCGCUUCGUCAAGAAGAUGAUGCUGUUUGAGCGCAAGAUCCGCGUCAAGGACCAAGGGUUGCGGGUGUUGCAGCGAACCAUCGUCGUUCAAAGCAUGGUCGCGGCGUUGCUGGUGACAGUCGUGCUGGAGGCGGUUUUUCUCUGCCUGCCUAUUUGGAAGUGA